AUGAAAUUCCUAACUACAAACUUCCUUAAAUGUUCCGUGAAAGGAUGCGAUAACAGUAACCUGAAUUUCCCACUUCGCUACGUUCGUGAAAAUUGUCAACUAGAACAGGAUGAGAGCAUCGAAUUCAACCCGGAGUUCCUUUUAAGAAUAAUUGACCGUGUUGAUUGGCAAGCUGUAGUUUCAGUAGCAUCAGAUUUAGGAAAUACUGAGCUACCACCCAACAAACCAGAAUUUGAAGAGAAUUUAACGGAUGAGGACAUGGUCAUUCUAAGAGAUCUGCACACACUGUUAAUUCAAACUAACAUUGUAGAGGGACAAAUGCAAUGCAAAAACUGUGAACACAUAUACUACAUAAAAAACAGCAUUCCAAACCUCCUUCUACCACCACAUCUAGCAUGA